CCAGUCAAUGGGACAAAACACGUCAGAGGUCGGAUAGCUGCUGCCGCUCUCCGUCCCAUGAUUACCACGGCGAUAGCGAUCCGACGAGCGGCCCAGAGCACCGUCAUCUGACGGCUCCAGACGAUAGAGGAGAGCGGAACAGGGAUGGUCUAGUCUUGCCGCCACAAGUUCAGAAGAGCCAGGCGAGCAUACCAUAAUUGCAAUGUUGUCGGACGAUGAGAGUAACAACGACCGUGAGCUGGCUGAUGCCGAGCCGUCCGUCCAGCCAUCCAUGAAGCUAUCCGCCAGUCAAGGCCAAGCCAAACUUCAGCACAAUAUUCGCCGUUAUCGACGUCGCGGUACCGAUGAUGGAGAGGACCACAGUCUUAUUGAAGACGGCGUCAUAGAUUAAGGCCGGGAUGAUGUCACCCAGCUACCGCGCAAGCGCUGCAAGAUAAGCACUUCGACCACUGCAACUCGCAAAACAGCGCCCAAGCGGCAGACACGUCUGCAGUGCACCAGUUCCCGGUCACCACAGGCUCAAAGACCAACAACCCAACCCCCAACGCGACGUCGAAGUCAGAGGAGACAGUUGAAGCUCCUGUCGUGGAACAAGUGAGGUGUUGAAUUAGAAGGCGGUCAGGAGAGGCAUUUCAAGGGUAACCAGUGGCUUAGCAAGCUAGGUUGUUCAGGGUCCAGGCCGAGGCCCAUUAGCUCUUUGAACCAGACAUGAUCAUCC